AUGUUUGCAUCAGGGCACUUCUCGUCAGGGUUAGGCAGGGGUGACUGGACCGGCUAUCCAGAUUUCGGCGGUUGUCUUUUUCUUGCUUUUGAAGCAUAUGAACGGAAUAAAUGCUGGGGAGGCCUUGUGGUUGGUCUCCCUGUUCUCCUCAAACAUGUGCAGACAUGUGUUGACUGCCGGAUUAUCCGUCGCGCCAUCGAAGAUGACGCACCGCACCUGCUCGAUGAAGGGGGAUGUGAAAGCUGCUUCAUUCAAAUUACGGGUGGCUAUGACCGUCUCGAUGAUUGGAAUGGAAUCUUGACCAUCGAAAUCUUUGAGAACGAGAUGGAUGAUCGCGGCAAAAAGUUUCAGCUUCUUCGUAGGUCGACGGCUGAGCCGUUUUUUGAUGGCGGUUAUGACUACAGCGGGAAGAGAAGCACUCGAUUUGGCCAGUCUCUCGACAUCGUUGAAGAUUCCUCGUCCCAGGCCGCUUUCGAUCGGGCCGCGAAGUGGUUAGGUCAUUGCGUUGAGAAUGACAAGGCCUGCGAGCCCCCUGAUGAUGAUUUCAUGCCAACACAUCUCAUCAAUGUGGGGUCAGAUUCCCAGUCGCCGUUCCUGUUUAAGACCUCCGGGACUCGCAAACCUUAUGCUUGUUUGAGCUAUUGCUGGGGGCCUGACUCGCAUGCGAUCUUGAAGACGACAACGGCAAACAUCAAGGACCAUUACCAGAGAAUCUCAGAGUCUGAAAUGCCACAAGGCAUUCAGGACGCGAUCAAAGUAUGUCGUGGACUUCAGAUACCGUUUCUCUGGGUCGACUCUCUUUGCCUAAUCCAGGACGACGUCACGGCCUGGCUAGACGGUGCUGCGCAAAUGUCCCAGAUCUACCUCAAUUCCCACCUUACUAUUGCAGCUCUAGAACCAGAAACAUGCAAGUCUCCUUUCUUAGGCCCGCAGAGGUUUGGCGAUAGAAACUGGCAACGGCUUGUGAAGUCCCCGGCCGCUGAUGGAGAGGCUGAUUCUGGGCCCGACCUGCUUAUUCGGCCCGAGUCCGAUAAGCCCCCCAGGGAUACACCAUACUCUCUCGACAAACGAGCCUGGUGUCUGCAGGAGAGUAUGCUGCCAAAUCGAAGGCUAUGCUUCAACGGAGACGAAAUGAUGUGGGAAUGCCUAUGUCGGCAGAUCUGUGAGUGCGGUCACAACAAUCGUCAAUCGCGUACACUGUGUCACGUGGAGAAUGGGGCAGCGCUCAAGUUGAAUCGCCUCAAAACGACGCAUAUACCCUCUGCCAGGGAGGGCGAUCUUCACAAGAUGAGGACCUUUUGGAGGGAUCUGGUCGAGUUGUAUUCCGACCGGCAAAUGACGCGAGGGGACGAUAAACUCAGGGCCAUUGCCGGUCUGGCAAAGCUCCUUGCGGAGAGGUUCCGACACAAGACGUCCCGACACAAGACGUUCCGAUACGAGACGUUCCAACAUAAGGCGUUCCGACACAAGGCGUUCCAAUACAAGACGUUCCGACACAAGACGUUCACAAAAGACAAUGACGAGUACCUAGCUGGGCUAUGGAAGCAUGAGAUUCAUCUUGAUUUGACCUGGGUCGUCGCGAGCCUGCCGGCGGAGCCGGAAAAUGUACUCCAGAGGCCCGAGGGCGAGGGCCCUCGCUGGAACGUGCCAACGUGGUCGUGGGCGUCUUCUCAAGGAAGCAUCAGUUACGACUCUGAAUCCGCACGUGUUUCGUGGAAGUAUAAACCUCACGCAACAGAUGUCUGUCAACUUGUGGAGGCAGAUUGUGAGAGGGAAAAUGUACACGACGAGAUGAGUGCCGUUACGCAGGGUCGCUUGACCUUGCAGGGGGCUCUCGUACCAGUGGAGCUCAUUGCUGAUGUAGAGAGCACUCAAAUUCCGGUUUUUCGGAGCCUUGUGGAUGAAAUGAAAACCAUCCGUGAUCCAGACUGUGCUAACCGGGUCGCUUGGGUACGGUCUAGAAACCAAAACGUCAACAAGGUUCUACUCGACCAUCCCAGGCAUCGAGUAGAGUUGCAGGGGUUGGUUUCUGAGAAGCCUCCGGCCUGGACGGGAGGGAAAUAUUACUGCUUUCGCCUUUUCAGCUGGGUGGCCGACAAAUACACGGUUCGGAAUGGAAAAAGGCAGUUCAUGCGCCCGGAAACCUGGUUCUUGGUCUUGAAGAGGUCUGAGAGGGUCGCGAGCGCGAUGGAGAGAAUUGGCAUUGGUAGCCUUAGGAUAAUGGGCCUACAGGAGUGUCCAAUUUUCGAGGAGUAUGAGCAGGCAACUAUAAGUAUUGUAUAG